UUUGCUUCGUUGUUUGUUUGUUGUCACUGAACGACCUAAAGUGAACUUAUGUUUUUUGAUGUAGAGUUUAGAGUUUGUUUUAAAUUUCUUCUAAUCGGCAUUGAUUAGCUUGGCGAGUGUCUGCCGCGUGGUAUGAGCCGCAUACAUUUUUAACUUUCAUUCAAGCCUCAAGAUGGUCAAACCUUUGCCUUCGAGGCGCUGCCCUACCUUUUCACCCCACACUUCAAAUGUUGAUGAUACCGACUACGAUGAUGCUGAUACUCAACAGGAAGACCAUGAGGAUGACGGAGGUGCAGGAUAUGUCUCCCAUCCACAAUAUUCUCCAUUGUCUGAGCACCUCACUUACUCGCAAUUCUUCCAAUCUUAUGAUGGGUCUCUUAACUAUCGAUUACCCACGCCCGCACCCAGAGAAAGGAUGUCUUCACUCCCAGAUGAUAAUGAAAUAAGAUCAGUUCCACAGCAAAGAAGAGGAAGUGCCCCUGUUGGUACUCAAUUUGCUUGUGAGUUCAGGCCUUCAUCAUCUAGUCAAGAAAAUACAAGUCCCCCACCAGCUCUGCAAGAAAUAGCAUCAAAAGGAAAGGAGUUAUUUUGGUUCAUCUUGAGUGAAGAAGUCAAAGCUCAAGAAGCCACCUCACCGGGCACUUUUAGUGCUCUGACCAUAUCACCAUCAUCUCAAAGAAUGGAAGUCUUGAAUGAAAGAGGAAGAUUUGGAGGCAGAACACUUCGUCAAAUUGCAGAAGCUUUCUCUAAGUCACCACAGCGCUUAAAAGUGCAGGAAUAUGCGAACAAAGUCAAUUUGCAAAGUCUCAAUUACAACUCCUUCUCAGAUCUCCUGUUUGGACUCUUUCAGGAGGGAGGCGUGACCCAGGCAAGGGUCCUUGUACUUUUCUUCUUUUGUGCCGAUGUUGCUCUUCGAGCAUUGAGAGAUAAGCUGACACAGCAUUUCCAACAACUAGUUGAUUGGACAUCACGCUACAUUACAGAGAGGUUGAGUGCCUGGGUACUUGAUCAUGGUGGCUGGGCUGCCGUGUUACAGGAGUCAGUGGAUCAUGCUUACAAGGCAGCUAUUUUAGGUUUAUUUGCUCUCAGUUUUGUAACCCUGUCAUUUAUGAUGUGGAGGCGUUGAGAAAGCUAGAUGAAGGACUGAUAUCCAAAAUGAGUUUCAUUUGUUUGAUCUACAGGGUUAUUUGUUGUAACUCGCUCCACUCACAGGAGGGAAAGUAAUUAUCCAAAGCUCAUGUAUCUCUGCCAAAAGUCACCAAAAAGUAUUAUAUUUAUACGUAAGCAUUUAAGUUUUAAUGUAAGAAUUCGAAAGUUACGAGGACCUAGUCCUAUGCCCAGUGCAUCCAUGAAGAUUGACAUGUUUCUUUGUCUUGGCUAGUCUUAUGUAAUCUUGUCAAAGUGCAUGAAAAGAAAACGAAAAUGUAAAGUUCACAUAUGUAUUUACCUAAUAACAGUUUUAACAAACCAAAUAAAGGCAGAGCCUAAAAAUAA